GUAUGCUUAAUUAUCAAUUAGUCACCCUGUAUAUAAGGAAGGGACUUUUUAUUCAACAACAUUCCAGCUUGUUGCGAAGCCGAACAAUGUUCGAGGUCGUGCUCACUUUGGUCCUGCUGUCUCCAACAAUUGCCAUAGAAAAAGACAAAGCAUUUGCCAGCAUCGAGAGAGAUGAAUUUCUCGCAUCCAAGAUCGCCGAGAUAAUAGCGAGCCGGCAGAAGAUACCGCCGUUAAAAAAUCCAUUACUGACGCCUUUCUUCGGCAGAAGGGAUUAUCCAAUUCUAAUUCCUCUGAACGUGCUCGAAGGCGACGAUGUCAUGUCAAGGUUCUUCUUCUGCCACAAGAAACGGAAGAACAGCCACACCGGGGAAGUGGCGCCGACCAAGAAGCCGCAGUACAGCGAGGACGACCAUGACACAGAACACAACGAACCCGGUUAUGUAGAUAUUGAUGAUCACCCUACGACACACAAGCCUUAUUAUGAGCAUCAUACGACACAUUCAGAACCCUAUGAACACCCUACGACAUAUAAGCCACACUACGAACAUCCUACGACACAUUCAGAACACUAUGAACACCCUACGACACAUUCAGAAUAUUAUGAACACCCUACGACACAUAAGCCAUACUAUGAGCAUCCUACGACACAUUCAGAACACUAUGAACAACCUACGACACAUAAGCCAUACUAUGAGCAUUCUACGACUAAUUCAGAACAUUAUGAACACCCUACGACACAUAAGCCAUACUAUGAGCAUCCUACGACACACUCAGAACACUAUGAACAUCCUACGACAUAUAAGCCUCAUUAUGAGCAUCCUACGACACAUUCAGAACACUAUGAACAUCCUACGACAUAUAAGCCUCAUUAUGAGCAUCCUACGACACAUUCAGAACACUAUGAACACCCUACGACACAUUCAGAAUAUUAUGAACACCCAAUUACAUCUUCACAACAUAAUGAACACUCAACGACUGAGUCAGAAAAUUAUGAACACCACCCGACUUACAAGCCUCAUUACGAGCAUCCGACGACGAAUGACGAACAUGACGAACACCCGACGACAAUUAAUACAAACUAUAGCACUAAACCAACGCAAAAACCGGUCGUUAAAAAACCGUCGAGGCCGUUCUGGUGGAGUAUCUUCACGACGCCGAAGCCGCAAGUUCUCAGAACGUCUAAGCGAGCGUCUACAAAGCCGGUAAGAGAACCAGAAGAGACGAAAACCACCAAAGACUGAAACUGGGAAUAUAAAAGUGCGAAGCGCAAAACAAGAACCAAAAAGAUAAUCUUAUCCUUAUUUAAUUAAUUUAUUAUAUUUUGUUAUU